AUGGCGGAAUUUGAGGAAUCCCUUGAAGAGCUCAAGGCGAAGCAAAAAGUUUAUGAGGAGCAGCUGCAGCAGGUUGAGGAUGCUCUGAAACAAGAGGAGACGGAGGAUCUGAAGAGGCUGCAGGCGGACCUGAAAGAAGUCAUUCAACUGACAAGACACCUCGUCGAGUACAAGCAGCAGCAGGAGCAGCAGCUGGCCGACUCAUCAGCAGAAGCAGCAGCAGCAGCAGCAGCAGCAGCAGUAACAGCAGCAGUAGCAGCGGCGGCGGCGCCUCAAGAGUCUUCAACCACUGAUAAACAACCCUCUCCAGCAGUUGCAGCACCCCGUGAGCAGCAACAGGCUGCUUCUCGCACUGACACCUCGGCCACCCCGGCGCCAGCCGCAGCCAUCCAAGAGCAGCAGUCGAGGGGGCCUUUAGUAGGGAGGACGUGCUCGGCUGAAUAUGAGGGAAAGAGGUACUAUGCCUCAAUUGUUGAGGUUAAGCGGGAUCCCAAGGAGGGAGAACGGGUGGUUGUUGACUUCAUCGGUUGGGGAAACAGAGAGGAAUACCCGCUGCAACAAGUGGUGCUGCUGCCUCAGGCAUCCGCAACUGACUUCCCUGUAGGCACAGCCGCCCAGGCAAUUUAUUCAGGAGACGGCCGGUGGUACGACUGCUCUAUCAUCGCGACAACGCCCUUUGGAUUUCGCGUACGCUUUACGGAGUACAAAAACGAAGAAGAUUUACCUGGAGACAGAGUGAGAGCGCCGCGAAAGGCGGUACCGAAGAAGCGGGCCAAUGAUAUAAUAACCCCUGGAGGCUACAGAAUUCCGCAGUAUCUGGCUGCAAAACCAACAGACACACAGGCACAAAAAAACAGCAAAAAGCGCAGAGUUAAGGCAAUCAAGCAGCAACAGAAGACAGAACAGGCAGAACAACAGCUGACAGACAGCGCGAAGUCGUGGCAGCAAUUCAACAAGAAGGCUGUCAAGAAGGCGAUGCCGGGUUUCAUGACUGGGCGAGGCCACGAGAGCAUAUUCAGAGGCAUUGAGGUGAAACCAAACAUAAAUCCAGUGGAGGCUUCUCGACAGCUGCAACUGCAGCAGACUUUCAUGCCCCGUAGAAAACACGACUUCGACGAAGGCAAUUUGCCGGAUGACUAA